GGGUAGCUAUGGAGAUGGAGCGUUUUCCUGGCUGCUUUCUUUGACAGGUGUUGAGUGGGGCAAAAGUCUUAAAACAGAAUCCAGCAUGUACGCCAAAGGUAAAGGAGCUGUCGUCCCUUCCGAUAGCCAAGCGAGAGAAAAGUUAGCUUUAUAUGUGUACGAGUAUUUGCUGCAUGUCGGCGCACAGAAAUCUGCACAGACCUUCCUGUCAGAGAUCCGAUGGGAGAAGAACAUCACACUUGGGGAACCUCCUGGAUUUUUACACUCAUGGUGGUGUGUAUUCUGGGAUCUGUACUGCGCUGCCCCGGACCGGAGGGAGACAUGUGAACAUUCCAGCGAGGCCAAGGCUUUCCAUGACUAUAGUGCGGCCGCUGCUCCCAGUCCAGUGAUGGGCAACAUGCCACCCAAUGAUGGCAUGCCAGGAGGACCCAUGCCCCCGGGCUUCUUUCAAGGUCCUCCAGGAUCUCAGCCUUCCCCUCACACGCAGCCUCCCCCACACAACCCCAGUAAUCCCAUGAUGGGACCUCACGGACAGCCGUUCAUGUCUCCACGGUACCCAGGUGGCCCAAGGCCCGCCCUCCGUAUGCCAAAUCAGCCUCCUGGGAGCAUCCCCGGGUCACAGCCUCUCCUACCAAACAGCCUGGACCCCACCAGACCACAAGGACAUCCAAACAUGGGAGGUCCAAUGAGAAUGAAUCCCCCUCGAGGCAUGGGAGGCAUGGGCCCACAGAACUACGGCGGAGGGAUGAGGCCUCCUCCAAACUCGAUGGGGCCAGGGAUGCCAGGAAUGAACAUGGGUCCUGGUGGAAGAGGUCCAUGGCCGAACCCCAACACCAACUCAAUAGCUUAUUCAUCUUCAUCUCCAGGCAACUAUGUGGGCCCUCCAGGGGGAGGCGGCCCGCCAGGAACUCCCAUCAUGCCUAGCCCCGGAGACUCAACAAACUCAAGUGAAAACAUCUACACAAUGAUGAACCCUAUCGGCCCGGGAGGAAACAGACCUAAUUUCCCAAUGGGACCGGGUCCUGACGGGCCCAUGGGUGGAAUGGGUGCUAUGGAGCAGCAUCAUAUGAACGGAUCACUAGGCUCUGGUGACAUGGAUGGGUUGCCAAAGAAUUCUCCCAACAACAUGGCAGGCAUGAACAAUCCUCCCGGCACUCCGCGGGACGACGGCGAGAUGGCAGGCAACUUUUUAAACCCAUUCCAAAGUGAAAGUCCCCUGGGGAUGCACCUUGAAAGCAGGACUCCCCUCAAGGCCCCCCAUCCCAACGCCUGUAAAAUGGGUUUAAGAACAUGAAAAGGCCUCCAAGCAACAGGAAGGGUCUCUUCUCUGCUUCUCCUCGACCUGCCGGGCCUCGACGCGGGCCCUCGGACAGUAAGAGCCCGAAAACUGCUCCAAGCCUGUCUCUCCCAAAUCCAAAACCUGAAGCCCGAACAAGAUGCUCCGCUGCAUCUACCACCACUCCAUUAUCUCACGCUGAUUAUAACUUAUGAGGGCACGCAGUUGUUGACUGACAGGAGCCAAAAACCCUCAUUCAAAAACUCCUGUGUCAGGAAUGAUUUAAAAAAAAAAAAAGAAGAAGAAAAAAAAAGAUGGACUUAUAAUGUUAUUUUAGGGCAAGAAUUGUUUUCGUUAAAUGUAUUUUUGUUGUUGAUGGUAAUGUUAUUGUUAUAAUUUUCAUAAUUGAUAUUAUUCUACUAAUGUAGUUAUGAUUUCCUGUAAAGGGCACAUUUUAUCUCAGCAGCAGCAUCAGCAAUGACAGAAUAAGCACACACAUUUUGAAAAAAAAUGCACAAUGAUUUUCUGUUUACAUGAUUUUAGGUUAUUUGAUGUUUUGUCUCGUUUUGUUUUUUUGUCACAGUCACUUCACAUACCUCUCCUUAAAUCUGAACUUGUAGCUUUGCCAUCUAAAUGUUUGUAGCACCGUUUGCAUAAAGUCUUCACCUAGUUUGUGCCGAGGUGUUGGCAUCUCGGCUAAAAUGAUCCAUACAGUUUAAACAGAGGCUUUCUCACAGCUGUUUCCUGGUACAAAGUGUCUGCUGGUGCACCUCAAUGAUCAUCUGUCUCGCUAUUUUUGUCUUAAUAAGCACCCCUUCUCACAGUUUUCUAUACUGCAUGGAAACGGCACUGAUGAAAUCCUGAAAUGAUUGUCAGGACAGGUGCCGGUUCUUAUUCAGUAACAGACAGAGCGAGAGAGCAUCUCUGCUAUGGAUUUGUCUGUAAAUACGACAUAUUUAGCUUGCAUUGUGGUUGUUUUUAUUAUUUGUUAUUUACAAGUUGUCUGUGAAUCCUAAAACAUGGUUCUUUCCCCUCCAUCACUUGGUUUGACUUCGACCUCACUGUGGACUCCAAGUGGCACUGUUUUCCUCCCAGGAUUCAUUCUGGUCUCGCAGCAAUGCCUUUUGGACUGGGAUAUUGUGGGAUACACUCGUGAAGCUUGCGCUCUUGCUUGGAGUUUUGGGUGAACUCACAGAUUGAGUUUCUUAACCCAGACAAGAUGGGCUAAAUAACUGUCUCCUUGGAGCUCCCAUCAGCCACUUCCCUCAGCGACGUCCCAUAAUGGAUCGGGAGUAUUGUGAGGCUGAUGAUGGGAGCAGAGUGACGCACCUUGGGGUUAACAGACCGUGCAGCCACAUCGGUCUAAAGAAGAGGAACAAUAACGGGAUGCUUUUGUAAUGGAUAUAUUUCCAUUAGUUUUUUUUUGUGGAUUGUUUUCAGCAGAUUGUUUUUAUUUUAAAUGUAUUCAACUGAGAAAAUGAAAGCCCAUAGAAUCUGCACACAAAGAAAAGCAUAGUUACAUAUUACGCUAUUUAAUUUCUUUCUGUAUGUUAUGGCCUGAUCGAUUCUCUGUCACUGUUUCCAAGAGAUAAAUGAUCUCUCACGGCAUCACACUGCAGCACUUAACGUCACGGCUGUGUUUCAAACCGACAAUAACUAAACAACCAUUGUAGCCUCUGUGGGUGAUGGUGGCGUACUUAUCAAUUUUCUGAUAUCAAUGUGAACAGAUUGUACCCAGAGUUCAUCGGGACAUCUCCAGGAUUUGGCUAUCGGCGGCCUGGGAAACUCUCCAGUGUUCCUUCGAUGUAGUGACACACACCUCCCUUCUUUCCUCACCCCCCUCCUUCCUUUCUCUUUAAUUUUCUUUUUAUGUAAAUACUGUAUAAUGCAUUUUGAUAUCAUUGACAUGUUUUGAUAUGUCAGUCACUACCAAUGAAUACAGCUGAAAGUAAAUUAUAAAUAAAUCUGUCCAUGUUUUUCAUAGAGAACGGAUGCGCUGACGAUUUGGCUCGUGUGGCUAAAUUUUCCAUAAAAAUGUAUAGAAUACAGUAACACAAUAAAUGCAGACUGUAUGCUCGUAUGGUGGGGGAGGAUAGGACAGAGAGAGGACAGGACAGAGAGAAGCAAACAAGCUGUGGCGUCCUCACUCUGCCCUCGUCUCCUUAUGUUUCAGUUCAAUGUGACUAUUGGAUUUGAAUAAUCGUUUGAAUCACUCUUCCAAAGGGCAUCUUCUCACACAAAAAAACAUGUGACCUCUUAUUGCAGUUUUUAAUAUGAAGGAUUUUUAUCAAUUUAAGAAAACUUUUAAAAAGGUAAAAAUACUUAAAGAGAACCUCAUUUUAAAUUAAGAAUAGAUCAAAAAGUAACUGUGUCCUUUGCUAUUCGCUCCUGUUCUAGCGUUGUAUAGAUCGAAGCUCUCUCACUGAUCCUCUCUCAGUCCUCUGUGUAUAUCGAUCGUUGGCCAUCUCUGUACUUCUAUUGUGAUGUAUAAUACUGUACCAUUAGGAAGAUUUGCUGGUCGGGUGGGGUGGUUACGUUGAGUCGGGGAGGGGUCGGGGAUUCAAGGGAAGGGGAUAUUAAUGAUUCUCCUGUACCAUUCAUGGUCCUUUCUAAUGACACGGCAGUAUUCAAUAUGAAGCAGUCUGUCUCUUGGGUUUGCUUUGUAUUUUCAUGGUAGGAUAGUUCAGAAUCUUGUCUUAGGGACUUAGGUGUCUUGUGUAGGUAAUAAAGAUGUUCUUUGUAUGUUUCUUUAUAUUGUAAAGUUUCUUUAGACUGAAAGAAAAACAGAUAAUUUGCUUAUCAAAAAAGAAACAAUGCAUCAAUAAUAAAUGUCAUUUGAUUUUU